AAGAAGAUCUGCUUAGUGCAAGAUAUCACUUAUUUGGCAUGAGGCGAAUGAAAGAGAGUGAAAUGGGUCCAUACAAUCACUCAGGAAAAGUCUUAGAAAUUUUGGCAGAAAUAGGAAAUAUAGAACGGAAAGUAAUCCUUGAUACCGGUGCAGAAAUUAAUGUCAUUGCAAGUCAUAUAGUACAGCUCAACGGAUGGAAAGAUCAAAUUAAGAAAAAUACGGAAAAAUUUGUAGGAAUAGGAGGCAAACCUACAGAUGUGGAUGGAGAAAUAACGUUAUCAGUACAACUUACGAACAGAACAGUGCAUGAAACGUUUGUAGUAAUACCAGUGAGACACAUAGUAGCCAUAUUAGGUACCAGUUUUAUGCUGAGACAUGGAGUAAAAGUCUCUUAUAGAAAAAACGGCCCUCAAGUCUGGUGGAGACCUAAUCAGACUGGAAGACAUAUUGAGAUACGAAUUGAAAGAGAAUUUCUUGUCUAUUGA